CUGAAGAGUACUUCACUAGAUAGCGCGUAAGCUUACAAUCUAAAGCUUCCUUUCCUAACACAUUUUCUUGUAUGCCGUGUGCUCCUUAGGAUGACCACUUUAAUUCGGCGUGGACGAAGGGCGGAGGAGAGCCAGGAGAAGAGGACGGACUCUGACGAUUCAGGCAAAGAUAAUGACGACGACUCCUCGUCAGACUGCAAGGACAUGAGGCUCACUCUAAUGGAGGAAGUUUUGCUUCUGGGUCUGAAAGACAAAGAGGUGCGUUCGAUAAAAUAUUAAAUAAUCAUUGAGUCUGCAAUCUCUCUGUCUUUCUAAAAGGACGUUUGUAAUUUUACCCUUAUCAUAUUUAAUCACGUAAGUGAAACUUUAUUUAUGAAUGUCUCCAUAAUGUUACUUGGUGAAUAAAUGACCGUGGCUAAUACAUUAGGCAUGUUGGGGGCCAGAUUGCUAUGCAUCUCUGUUACUUGUAAAUUAUGUGUCCGGUUUAAAGAUUUCAUUUUUUUCCCCAUCUUCUGAGAGGUAGAAGUCUAGAUUAUGAUGUUAUAGUUCAUAUGAUGCUUCCCUACUACAGGUAUCUAAAUAUGAAGAAAAAUAAUACAAUUUCAGAGGUUUUCAGAGACCGAUCUAGUGCUCUGGUAUUAAGCAGCGAUUUUUGUAUUGGUCGAUAAACCAUUUCCUCCUCCUGCAUUGUCAGAUGCGAGUAGCAUAAGUUGUGUAGGGAGGGCAAAUGGUAGUAAUAUGUAAUUAAAGAAGUGAAUUAAACUCUGGGAGAUUUUCUGAAAUCAGCCGUUAUUUUGAAUAUGUGUCCAGGAUCUGUUCCCAAACUUCGUUAAUGGCAUAGCUCGCUUGAAGUACCGGUUUCAUAGUAAUGUUUAGAGCUGUCAGGGCUGCUGGGUGAGUUUGACUUGAUCUAUAGGAAAUGAGGUGAAUAGGGACCAAGAUAUUUGUGUUCAGUAAGAACAAGCGGAAACCAGGUAGGUCAAAUUCCCAGCAGAAUAGUCACAUGUCAUUGUCCAAUCCUGUGUAAUUAAGUGCCUUGUAUUAAUCCUGUGAAGUAAGUACAUACCAUCCACAUUUACAGGAGUAUCCACUAAAGGGAGAAUUCAAAGUCAACUUCCAACGUAAGGUCAGAGUAGCUGAAUGGAAAGCAUAACUGACUGAGAAAAUGUUUUCAGAUCGGCAAUUUUGGCCUUAAAUUUGAAGUUCACUUUUCAUAUUGAAGGCUCACUUUGGUGAAUAACUCUCUUUGUGAUUGGCUGCUCCUAAGUCUUUUGGUAAAAUGUUGUUGUUGUUGUUGUUGGCUUUUUUUUUGUUUUGAGUAAUUACUGUUAUGAAUCAUUAAAUAUGAAACCGUUCUUUGUGGUUUAAUGAUUUUGAUAAAAUCUAUGCAUAACAAACAGAUAAACCUAGAGCUAGUGGAUGUGUCACUUUUGGGGUGUUUGCAUAGUUUCCAAAGACCUGGACGCUGAUGUGCUCAUGUUGUGUGAUGUGGACUGUGGGAGAAGCAAAAUGCAUGGAUAUGCUCAUUGGAAGCUCUCCCUUACUGAUAUUGCCAUCUUUAUUCAGCACCUGGCAUAAACCAGAGGCUUUUCACAUGCGAGACCAUUGGAUCUUCCAUUGAACUACUUGUCCAUGGCAUGAAGUUUGCUCUUAGCAACUCCUGUGGGAAAUCUCUGCCUUGUCUUAUUGCUGUGAUAUUCCAACGCAUUUAACAUUAGCAUUCCCUAAAUGAAAUUCUCAGAAGUGACCGACGACUCUAAACGUAUGCGGACCUGUCAAAGUUCAUAAAACAAUCCACAUAAAAUGUACCUGCAAUGUAACACACGAGUUACCAUUAGAGAACGUAACAUUUCAUCUAUAUAUUGUGCUAGCAAAUGUAUAAAUUUACAUUUCAAACGCUUUAUAAUUUUGGCCCCUGCCCCACAUGUCGAGCAACUCUGAAAAUAGACUUCAUUGUGCCGAUGGGAUCGAGGCCUGUAGCGAAAACUGAUGGACGGUAGAGAGCAGGAGAACCAUUACAUAGACCGUUUUUUUGGCUCUCUGUCGCAGAAAUUCCCCAAUGAAGUGUUUCUUUCACCUGUUGGGAGAACGCAGGGAUGGAGGGACUGUUGUCGCCUCUUUCUGACACUGGUGUGCUGUCCGUAAAGCCAGCAUGCAGGUAUUAUUAGGGAGCAGUGUCACCAGGAAGCACCAAUCACUGUGCGGAUUACCGGAGGAUGGGUACUAACAAUUGUUUAAUGCCCACGGCCUCUCUUGAAAAAGUGCUGGUUCAGAAAUGGUCUCCAGCUGUGCUCUAGUCACAGCCUGGCUACUUUUGCUUGAAUUUUGCCGUUCAUUUUUGAAGUGCCUACUUUUGCUUAGUGAAUAAACCCCAGUGUAACCAUGUAAUGUUUAAAGAAGGUGAUUAUGGGAGAAUAGAUCACAGAAGUGAUCUCUUAACUCAGGAGCACUUAACACGGAAUAAUGUGAUUUACAAUGGAAAGGAGAAAGCAUGAAGGAUUAUUUGUAACUUACAAUUCAUAUUUCAGAAUAUUUGAAUUGAAUGUAUAGGAAACCCGCUUGUUGAAUCCGGUGAAUUAAUAGAAGGCUAUUGGUCAUGGACUCAUUAAGGUUUGAAAAGAAAUGUUUACUGGAAUAAGAAACCUUUCUAUAAGUUUAUUCUUUAUUGAUCUUAUCCUUUUAUAGUAAAACUAUGGAUACAUUUUCAAGGAGAAAACAUGGUUAUUGCUGCAUCUGUUGGCUGAACAUUGAUUUGUUCCCCUUAACUAUUGAGGGUAUGAACCCUAUUGGGAUGUUGGUGUCCCUUUACCUGUCACCCAGGUGUCGUCGUACUAUGGUUUAGACUUCCUGCAGCACCUUGUACGGCCUGUAAAAAAUAAUGACACAUAGCAGAGGAUUUGCAUGGUGAAAAAAAUAAAGAUAUUAUCGAGGUGAAAUUGACAAUUGGGGAAGUAAUGAAAUUGGCCCAGCAGCAUGGAGUGAUACCACUGAUGAGUCUUGUGCUCUUCAACACUGGGUUAUAGAUUCAAAGAAAAAGUUGGUAAAGGCAUAAUUGGUGUAGACUGAAAGCCAGGAGUGUUUAUGGUUUCCCAUGUGCCUGCCAUCCCUAUUCUUUUAGCCAAUCCAUAGACAGCACCCGUUUUUAUCCCUCUCUGCCUGGCACCGCUUACCUUCAUAUUAAAAAAUGUAAUUCUCUCAAUAACUAAUGACUGGCCUGGUGUACCUCUCUGAUCUACUUUACUUUUUAUAUGCUAUGUUUUUAUGUAAUUGGAUACAAUCUAUCAAGCAGGCCAUUGGUGCACAUAUGCAUAUCUCCAUGUGCUUUGAUAUUCUAUUAAACACAACUGAAUGCCACCUCAGGGAUGAUAUACCUGCAGUUGGAUAGUGAGCAUUUUAGUCUGAGGGCAGCUGAGACAUUGGUUCAACCUUUAACAAUAGCUCUGGCUUAUUCCUUUCCAAGGUACAGGUGUGCACGUACAGCUUGAUAAUCAUAGACUUUAGGAGCUCUUGGUAAAUAGACUUUUGCAGGGUUAAUAUCCAACACGGACCUCUGUCCUACAAAGUGCUGGGUAAAUAAACACAGCUGCAGAAUGCUGGCUGAUAGAAUGUGCACAGGACGGAUUGCAAAGCAAUGAUGGUAUUAAUGGAUCUGCUUACUCCACAAUCGUCUAGUACGGUCUGGGUGUCUUGCAGCUUUGUAUGAUGUUUGUAUAUAUGUAGUGUCUGGAUAGCUCAGACAGCAUUGAGGAGGGUUUGCCAUAUACUGGCUGAGGGUCAUGGGAGUUUUGUUGUGACGUUAGCUGGAGGAACGCACAUGAUCAUUCUUGGAAUUGGAGCAUAGCGCCAUUUUGGUAUCAUUUUAUUCUGGGUUUGGUUAAUAAGUACAAAUAAUGUAAAUUACAGCUUACAGGACACCAGAUAUGCCAUAAACAUCGGCCUGAAACUUCUACUAACCCGGUCACACAUGACUUAAUCAUCUCGUAGCUGAUUGAAUUAAACGAUGUGUGCGGAUAUGGCAAUUAGGGUAGAUGUUUAAUUAAAUAUAAUUCUGUUUUGUUGCUCACAGAGAACAUCCUCGGGUACUUACAGCAGACGCAGUAAGGCAUAACAUACAGUAAUUAAAACUUCAGCAGACUAGGAUAUUAUAUAUAGCACACACUAAGGUCAUUAUACUAUGUCUGUGAGAGGAGUACUCACUCCACAUUUAUGUCUUUCACUAAGAUGAUGCUCGAUCUGACACUUAUUCCCUGGUUGUUGCUCUAAUCUUCUUUAAAUUACCGUUAUUUUGUUAAUAUUGCCUGAUUUGUUAAUGGAAGAGAGGGUUUAAUUUUGUGUUGCGCGCGCACAGACAGUGAGUCCUAAUUGUUUUUUGCUGCUAUGUGGCUGUGCACACCUUUCUUAUUGUUAAAUGAUUUAUUUCAUGUUUGUAACUCGGAGCAGUCUGACCCAUUUUAUUGGAUGAGAAUGUGAGUACUGUAAUAUCAGGAGUACAUUGUGUUUGCAGGUAAUAAAUCUGGCAUCUCUUCUGUUAACUCAACCCGUUUGGAGGAAAUCUAGCUUAAUCGAUGUUAACCAAGUACUAUCAAUGUGGAUAGCUCUGGAUGUCUCUGCCAUUUAAACAAAGCUGUGUGAAUGUGGACUGAACCAGGGGUUCCCCUUCUAGGUGAUGUUUAUGGGGCGUAGGCCGUGUCCUGGUGCAGUAACACGGGUCCCUGGCACUCCAUUUGGAAUCCAGACAUAAUACACUUAGUAAUACCUUCUCAUUAACAAAUAAUUAUUUUUCAUUGAUCCUCUCUUAUUUCAUGCAAUUCUUUGAAUGUCCUAACGAACUGUUAAGGAAGGGGUGCUACUCUUACUCUGUUUGAUAAAUAUGAAGGGUUCCAGAACUGUAGACUGGCAUCGGACACCUUGCUAAGCUCCCAUAGACCCAGUGUGAUAUUCUGCAUUGCUAAGUAGAAUGCUGAUCCCCGAGCAAUGCAAAGAAUGCACGCUACUUUUAGAGCCAAGAUAGAAAAAAGGACAAAAGGUUUGCUAAGAAUCCCAUCUGUCUGUACGUGUGGAUCGUGCUGCUCAGAAUCCCUACCAGUCUGUACCUACCUUUCACUUUGCUUAGAGUCCUUACCCGUCUGUCCUUUCCUAUUGAUUUGUUUUGGAGCCUGCAUGGUGUUGGCAUCUUAGUUAUUGGGUUAAAUCUUUUAUAAGAGUGUUGACUCAUGGAAUAUGUAUUUUUUAUUUUAUCAUGAAUUUCUAAGUAUGAUUAUCCCCUAGAGCGCUGCCUGGUUCAGUCUCUCACCUGCACAGUGUAAGAGAAUAGAGACCCCCAACAUGCUCCAGGCUGUGUGUUGAAGCUACGAAAUGUUGGAAAACGUUAUGUUUAUAAUCUGACAGACGUUUUAGUUUAGAGCAGAAAUGUUGUCACAGUUUCCAGAAAUAUGUAAUCUAUUUUUUUUUUUUUUAAUUCAGUCUGUGUUUGAAGGAUGUGUGUAUGAAUGGGUAGAAUGAGUUUAAACUAUACAGCAAAAUACAAUUAUUUUACAAUGUGUAAAUAUUUAUUCCAAAGUCAGUAAUAUAAAUGUCCUUUUUGUGUUUGCUAUGGAAAUCUGACUGUUCUUUGAGAUGUCGUUAAUAUUUGUAAAGUUAAUUCUUUCUGGACAAGACGACAUGCUGGGAUCCCUCCUAUUCAUGGAUGGCCUGUGCAGUGGCUCUUGUAGGGAGGGUCCUGGUGUAAGAAAGUUUUUGGGGACUCCCUCUAGUGCAAGAAUGUCAAAAAGGCAGAUCCCCAUCUGUCAUACAACUCCCACGAUGCUGUGCCAGCUGGGGAUCUACCAUUUGCCCAUCCUUGCAGGGUUGUGUUUGUGAGUUUGAAUGUUAGCAUGUGUGUGCAUGUAGGUGUGUGUUUGUAUGUACUGUUGCCCAUGGAAUGCAGUGGUGUAUUUGUCUGUAGUGUUUGCAUUUGAUUGCAGGGGUAUGUUUGGAUGUAAUGUGUUUUAAAUGUUCAUUUGUGUGUAGUAUUGGUGCUUGACGUGUGUGUGUGUGUGUGUGUGUGUGUGUAAUAUCUGUUUGCAUGUUGUGUUGGUGUUUGAUUCCUCCGAUGUAUGCGCGCACACACCUCUUUUGGGUAUAAGCAUGGUUUUCUUGGCUAAUGUUAAUGGCGAUGUAGGGUCUGGAGCUGCUCUUUUUUUUUUUUUUCUUGCUCCUCUGCCCGUUUGCUGCCUUCUCUUCCUCUGCCUGUGUGCACCACUACUGCCUCCUCCCUUCCACGCGCCGCGCUCUCUCUAUGUAGCUGGACACUUCAUCCCAGCCGCUUGCGAUUACAAGGGGCUGAUCGGGGUGUAUAAAGGGCCUGUUUAGGAAUACCCAUCUGGUAGCCAUAAGUGUAUGGGCCCCCAUAGCAUGCGUGUCCCGGUGGUAGUUCUGCCAUUGGGCCUGUGUAAUGUUUAAGCACUGCGAUCAUACAAGCACAGCAGCACAUUGUAUCAAGACUCCCGUAAGCAAUCGGCCAGAUAUAGUCAAGGAGGGGGAACAGCUACAGGAAGAGAUGUAUUCUGCAGUGUUUAUUUGGUGUAUCUAAUUAGAGGACAUGGGGUAACGAUAGGACCUUGCAUGUCUGCUUGGUUACAGGGCCGCAGGAUAUUAUGUUAUUCAUGACACUCGUUUAAGUAGUCCUGUCACUUGUCACCUACCACUAUACCUGCGUAGCCUGUGGCAUGAGAGCACACAAGUUGCAUGUAGCAUCUACGUUUUGGGCUGGCACCUAAACCAGUCUAAAUUUGUGUCUUGUAACUUAUUAUUUUGGCUAGCUCUUAGAAUACGGCUUAAUUCACCUCCUAUUCCAUGCUGCAUUCUAUGUCAUUAUAUCUAUAAUGCUGAUAUAGUUAUUCAAUAUGUACAGUGCUAUCUUUGUAAGUGUGAUAUCUGUAUAGUAAUGGUGAUUACCUAUUAGAGAUAGUAACUAUGGAUACUUAAUGUGUAACAAAUGGAGUUAGAAUUGCUAGCUGUCACAGUGCAAGUCAUUUAUACAUGCAGCUCUUUGCAACUUCCAUAAACUAAUAAAACUCCUGUUUAACCCAAAAAAAAAAGCUAUCUGACAUGUGUACCGUGUAAGGUCUGAGCUAGUAGAACGGUCCAAUCAGAUGCUGAUUUAUGAGAAGCAUUUGAUUGGACCACAAGCGAGCAGCAGUAACUUUAGAGAAGAUAGUGUGGUGAUAUUCACUUGGUGCUGGAUUACAAGUAAAUUCAGGCUUUAUUUGCAGGAUACUACGGAGUGGGGAGGAGGAGGUUUGUAAACUAAUGCCUCGUUUCCACUGAGCGGUAUGGUUCAGAAGGGUUAGAAUGGUCCAGCCUAUUCAGGCGAGCGUUUCCACUGCAAGUGGGACAGUCAGGGGGGCAUGCAGGGUUUAGACCAAAUGCCUAGCGUGUCAUUUAUCGUGAGCAUUGACAUUUUCCUGGCCGCCAAUUUAAUGGAUUGUAUAGUGUGACGCCAGUAGCUCCGCUCUAACCGUCCCGUACCAUUUCCCAUGGACCUACAUCUGAAGGGGGCCCAGGAAUGGUGCAGUUUGGUUCGGUUGUAUGGGCCACUUUCAUAAUGGAAACACUCAAAAUAGCGUUCCAGACCGUACCGAACCGUACCACUCAGUGGAAAUGGGGCAUUAAUAGAGAGAUAUCAUAAAUGGGGUUAGUGUAACCCUUUAAGGGCUUUCCUGUUGUGCAUGACCUGACAGAAACCAUAUUUUAAAUUGCAAAUUUUUCUGUUCGUUGUGCUGGACAAAUGGCUAUCGCGUGUUGCCUACAUCCCAUUGCAGGCCAGCUACAUGGGGCAACACAAAGUACCAACUGGCAUCAUCCAUGAUCUGCACUGAAAACAAAGCAUUCUGGGACAGGUCAGAGUGCAUGCUGGGUGAGGACUGAACACACACCUUUUCUGCAUUCCCACCCCUGGUAUUGCAUUAGCUGAUAUUUAUUUAUUUAUUGUCUAUUUUGUUUUUUUUUUGCCUUUCCGCUGAUACAUUGGAUUGGUAAUAUUUGCAGUUUAAAACAGGACGGUGCCAUGUUACGCGUGUUCCUGUACCUCUGUAUCUGCUCUGCUCCCCUGAGAUAUCCCGUGUGUCGGAACACAAGUGGCCCAGAAUUACAGGAUCCCGUGUCAACCUCUGCACGCAGGCCCAAUUAAUGCUUGCAUUGCUGGUCCAUUGCUUGUAAUGAAUGAGGAAGUUUUAAUGUCACCACUAACUCCCUGUACAUCCUGUUGGAUACAGCUGUGAGUAUGGCAUGUGCGUCUUUUUAAUGUUUAACCAGCUGCUCUCCAUCCCACCCUUCAUAUCCUGGAGUAACUAACGCCUCCAGUGCAGCCCUUAUUAUACAUAUCUUGCUAAACUGAUCUAUUCUUGCAACUAACUCCUAAAUUUUGAACCAGUAGAUCCCACAUUCCACUUUAUGCGAACAUUUAUACCUGUUACGAUAUAUGUUACAGAAUUCGGGCAAACUAUGAUUUUAAGAUUGAUAUCUGUGUAAUAAUGGUGAUUAUGUAAACCUGUGUAGAUCUCAAAAGUAGCAGCAGAUGACAGCUAGAAAAAAGAUAAAUCAAUAUUUAUUUAAUUUCGUUUAUUUUCCCCCACAAGAGAUGUGUAUAUAAUCAAUAUUCAUUGUUUAUGGAUGCUUUGCUGAAUGACAGCUGUCCUCUUGUUAAUUAAUCAAGAGCUAAUCCUAUAUGUAAACGGGAAGUAAAAUAUGUGAUGUUAUCCCAGUGGGAUUUAUAUAGAGGUAUUUCAGGCUUUCCCCCUGCUUCCUGGCAUGGAUAUCAUCCCUUACCAGGAGAUAGUGUGUGUGUGUGUGUAUAUGUGUGUAUAUGUGUGUAUAUAUGUAUAUGUGUGUGUGUGUGUGUGUGUGUGUGUGUGUAUAUAUAUAUAUAAUAUUUGUUGCCGUAUAAAGAGCGCAUAGUAAUAGUUCCCAGAUAUUUUAAUUAUUUUUUUUAUUCCUGAGUCACUCACCGCUGCAAAAUCAAUAGCACUUUAACAGCUGCCAUGAUAAAGGGAACUCCGCGAUUCCUCAAAGUGUUACUUGUGAAUCGUGUUUAAUCUGUGAUGGGAGACACACAACUGUCAGGGAAGUUCACAGCAGGUUGUGGUUGAAGCUGGGUGGGCAUUCUUAUGGUGAAAGCCUUGCUUUUUGCUGGCUGGGUAAUCCGUAACGCUAUGAGUGUAGAACUAGACUGGAGAAACCCCGUGGAAAGUCCUGUUAUGUAAGGCAGGCUGUUGUUGUGAUGGCCAUUGCAGUCUGGGACAUUUAAACACGUGCUGGAAAAUGUUUGAGAGCCUUUGGCUUUUGAUUUGAUUUUGUGCUGUUAGGCUAUGGGUGUGACCCCCUCGUAUUUUUGUCCAACCAUUUUCAUGUGAUUUGGCAAAACCUGGAGGAUCACCCGUAUCCCCCCUCCCUGCUCUGGAUUUCUCACUUCCUCCGUGACCAAGCUACCAGUGUGUGGUCACUCCAUGCCGUGAUAGGCUGCGACUCUCUGGUCAUGGGGACAGCAUUUAAAUAUUUAUAUUGAUAACAAAGUGAUAUUCCUCAUUGCUUAUUGAAGAGAAAAAAUGGGUGUCAUGCAACACCAUUUUUUUUUUUUCAUUAUUUCAGAAAUGGCAACUAAAGCCUAUCACCAUAACCACUGGAGUAUUCUAUAAUAGUUUUUUGGUGCUCGGCCUUGGGCUGUGGAUUGAGAUCUGCACUGGAAUACAGCGUUGUAAUCAGGAGCUGUAAUGCGUGUUAUAUAUAUUAUCUAUGGUUUGUGUAUUGGCACUCCUUUUUAUGUCAUUGUUAAUGUGUGCUGGAAUUUAACCACCUCUUUCCUUUACUGCAACGCGCAUGAAGUCAAUGAACAGUUCUGGUCUAUAAAGCAUAAACCUACUUUACUAUAGGAUGGAGAAAUGGUUACCUGGUUCAGUAUGUGUAGGAAACAGGUAACACAUAAAGGGUGUUUGUUAGCACCCCUCAGUGUUGCGGCAUUAGCCUGAGGUUUGAGAAACCUGGCAGACAUCAUCCAUGGAAUUGGUAAAGUAUUCUCGAUAAUUUGACAUCUGCCUUAUAGCAGUAUUCAUCACCCCCAUCUAAAGGCACACUAAGCAUGCGCCAUCUUACAUGAACACAAGUGGCUGGACUCUGCGAGAUGUCUGUCCUGGCUGGACUCUGCGAGAUGUCUGUCCUGGCUGGACUCUGCGAGAUGUCUGACCUGGCUGGACUCUGCGAGAUGUCUGUCCUGGCUGGACUCUGCGAGAUGUCUGUCCUGGCUGGACUCUGCGAGAUGUCUGUCCUGGCUGGACUCUGCGAGAUGUCUGUCCUGGCUGGACUCUGCGAGAUGUCUGCCCUGGCUGGACUCUGCGAGAUGUCUGCCCUGGCUGGACUCUGCGAGAUGUCUGCCCUGGCUGGACUCUGCGAGAUGUCUGCCCUGGCUGGACUCUGCGAGAUGUCUGCCCUGGCUGGACUCUGCGAGAUGUCUGCCCUGGCUGGACUCUGCGAGAUGUCUGCCCUGGCUGGACUCUGUGUCUGCCCUGGCUGGACUCUGCGAUGUCUGCCCUGGCUGGACUCUGCGAGAUGUCUGCCCUGGCUGGACUCUGCGAGAUGUCUGCCCUGGCUGGACUCUGCGAGAUGUCUGCCCUGGCUGUUUGAAUGAUUUCUUGAUGGCUGUGUUGUCGUGACUCGGUCUCGCCUUAUGGGCACUGUUAUUUCAGUACACUCACUGUCCUGGCUGUGUUAAUGAUGGUCUGUCACUACGUUCUGUCUAUAUAAGUGGUUUUUAGUGAUCCUGAUGUGUAAACACUAAAUAAAAGCUGGUUAACAGAAUAGCGUGAUUGCUCCAUUGUGUGUAAUUAAUAUGAAAGCGAUAAGGCAGAAUUCAUGCAUAAACAACUGGUUUCCUUAAUGUAAGGCUGUGAGAUUAUAAGAACUCUGCAAUCUAUGUGGUUAUCAGGGCUUGCGUUCUGUCACCAUGUAUGUGCCUUGCUGUAGGUUUUCAGAUGUAGAGUAAGACAGUGUAUAGUUACUGAGAAAGGAAUGUAUACAGUGUUUACACUGAGAUUUGGAUAAGAAUGCCACCAUGUUUUUUUUCAUACAGCCUGUAUUCAGCUGUGAUCGACGUGUGACCAGGAAAGGUAAGUCACACUUCCUGCCAUAUCUCAGAGAGCAAAACGGCUACCUCAAACUCUCAACGUCCUGCAUGUACAUUGGCAUAGUCAGAGAGGACGCAGGGGCCGCACAGUGAGUGGGUGCAGCCAGAACGGUGUCAGUAGAAUGGAACAAGUGUAGCAUCAGUCCCUGCGGAGAGAAUGGUCAGGGCUGUAAGUUUCUGGGCCAGCAGAUUGGCAUAUUUUACCAGUCGGCACUUAUAGACUGGUAACCUGUCAGUCAUUUCUGUCCUUAAUGAAAUCUGUCAGACUUUUAAUGUGACCUGUUUUCAGUGUAUUGUGGGUACAUUCCAGCAUUUAUAGUGCAUACGGUUGCCAGGACUAGAAACCACUUAAAGAGAGAGUGCUUCUGUGUAUUUAUUUAUGUGAUCACCCUAAGUCAUUGCUGCCUAUGGAAUAGUUAGGGAGCGUAGUGACGAUUAGAGCAUUCCAUGACGUUCUGUCAGUCAUUACCUUAACUAGGUCUAUGGACCAAACCCUCCCCAAUCAUCCCUCUAUUCUCCUUCUCAAACCGGCUCAACCAGUGUGGCAGUGUCCAAUAAUAGCAGGUAGUGUGAGGACCUAGGGCGACAUUAACCCUGUGACUGCUGGAUUGAGGUUAUUAAAGGGUUGGCAGUGUGGGCCUUUUGUCCAUAGUUUCAGGUGUGACAGCCUUUAUAUGCAGACUGGAUCAGCAUGUAUUAACAUGGGGCCAUGAAACCGAACAAACAGAAUUUAGACUAAACCUCACACCAUGCCCAGUCAGUCUGCCAGAAUAGGGCCAGAUCUGGGUCAUUGAAAGAAGCCAGCUGGAAGAUGGGAUGGAUUGGGGGGGGGGAGCCUGCGAACAGCUACAAUAAUCAUAAAUCCUUUAACAAAACAGUACAAAUACAUCAUAUGUUGGUAACUAUAUGUAGCCUAAGUAAAAGGAAGUCCUGCUACUCCUAACCUUGUAUUUAGAAGAAUUCCUCCAUAUUCUGACUCUAGAAAGGCUUCAUCACCUGAUUCGGGGUUAAAAAUUCUGGCUUUAGGUCUGGGUGUGAUGGAGCUGCCUAGCACUAGGCCACACAUUGCCGUACUUCUAGUGGGCAACUGCUUCUGUUAUUAGCCAACUUAUUCUGGGCUGGUAGCAUAUGAAUCCCACAUACUGCCAGAGAACAUAUUACGCUUUGGAUCACAGAAUUCAUUAGCAUUCAUUACUGUCACACCCCUACUCCCUAUGAAAGUGUGUGCUGUUCCUGAUUAAAACAUGAUUUUACCAAUUUUUGUUAACCUCCUUUAAAUAAUGGGUGUCCACGCUGUGUAGGAGAGAUCUAUGUACUUUACUUUCUGUGACCUUUUAGUCUGCAGAUCCUGACAUGAGGCUGACGCAAGCUGCCAUAUUCCUCUGUUUACACUGUCACCAACACAUCCGGGACAAGUCUCUGGACGCACUGGCCUGGCACUCCCGAUUUUACAAUUCACACUGCAAUAUUUACAGAUCGAGACAGUCUUCUGUUCUAGCUUACCUCUAGCUCUUCAACCCUUCAACUGACUGCCACUACUGAUCGUAGGUCAGACAGCGCUUUGCCAGGUUCUGGUUGGACUGUGCCGAAUGUUGGCAAACAAAGUGUGAAAGCCACCCCUCCACUCCCUGUUCCCUUGGUUUGCUACAAAACGUAUUUACUAAAAUGUGUGUAUUUUUACACAUCCUUUAGAAUUACCCAGAAAUUUGAGAGAAACUUCCAUCAUUUCUUGGUACAUGGAAAUAGGCAGCCUUCCACGUAAUGAUGGAUUCCAACUCGUACUAUGCUCAGCCAUUUGAAAUUUAACACAUCAUAGGGAGACUGUUUCUGCUUCUGGAGGAAUGCAUGUUGGGUUUUUAACUAGUGUGAACUGUCAGGAGUUCAAAGUGAUUUUAACAUCUUUAGCCAAACUGAAACAGAGGUAACUCCAAGAUCUGCAGAGUGAUUGGCAAAGUUCCCUGUGAAAGCAUUUGUGUACAGCACUAAAACUGUCAAUAAUGGAACCACACCUGCUAUUCACUAAGGAUGCAAACUGCGCUCUGGGGAUAAUUUCUGUGCUGACACUCACUCAAAAUAUGGUCUUAGAGGGAAGUGCUCAGUUUAAAUUGUUUUGUUCUUGUGUCUUUUAAACAAGUCUUUCCUGAUUACAGUGACAGGGGGUUCUAUUCUUUACAACAGCGCAGUGGGAGGGGUUUAACAGACAAGUAAUCUUUGUUUUAUUUUUAAAGCACUGCCAUGGAAAGGAUUUAUCUUCAUGUUCGAAUUAACCAUGCGAGUCGUUUUAUUUAAAAAAUAUUUAUAUAUUUAUAUUUAUUCUAUGUGUUGUGUGUUUUGUGGUGCAGGGCUACACAUCCUUCUGGAAUGAUUGCAUCUCGUCUGGACUGCGUGGAGGAAUUCUGAUCGAACUGUCACUGCGAGGUCGCAUCGUUCUGGAGCCUGCCACUUUAAGGAAGAAACGACUUUUGGACCGAAAGGUACCACAUUUGCUGCUCCAGAUACUUACAAAUCGAGGUUUUGAGAAAUGUUCAAUAGUCCACUUUUUUAAAAAGGCCUAGCCAGGAAAACUUUGUGCUCUUUACUGAACACCCAUUAUACAGCCAAUCUUCAACUGUACCUUAUUUGGGAGUUUGACUCGCCCUCACUUUGGGGAAAUGGAGAAAUGGCUUUUAUAACAUACUAUUCUUGCAGUUUGUAUGUUCGUUAAGCCAUGAACUUUUUUAAAGCCCGAUGGUCUGACAUACAUGGCAUGUAUUUGACCUGCAACACUGCUGCCAGACAAUUAGGUAAGUGUUUUAAUUAAAGGGACACUCCAAGCACCUUAACCACUACAGCCCAAUGUGGUGGUUAUGGUGCCAGGACUUUCCUUGCCAGGGUAAGUAGUCAAACAGUUUUAAGAACCAUCUAUAGCGUAACUGGGCUCUGGCAGGUGCCACCACCACCUCCCCUGCUGCUGUUAGCUCUGACUGUUGACUAUUUCCUCUGGAAAGGUGCCAGGGCACUCCAGCAGGCUGUAGUGAUUAUGGUGCUUGCAGUGUGUGGUUUGUUUGUUUUUGGGGGUUUUUUAGGGACACUAUUGUCACCCAAAUUUUUUUUGCUUAAUUACGCAGUUUUUGUGUAAAUAUAAUUCCUCUGAAAUCUCAUUGCUCAGUUCUCUGCCAUUUAAGAGUUAAAUCACUUUUGUUUUAUCCAUGCAGCCCUAGCCACACCUCCACUGGCUGUGACUGACAUCCUGCAUGGAAAAAAAGCUUUCAUUUUUAAUCAGAUAUAAACUUACUUUAGAAGUUUUUAUCUCCUGUUAUGUAAAUUGAACUUUAAUCACAUUCAGGAGACAACUACACGGUCUAGCAAUCUAUUAACAGUGCAGAAUGUGCAAUAAAGAAAGUGUAAGCAUUAGAUGACUCUUUACAAGAAGUGUUUAGGAAGGCUGUGUUGGUCACAUGCAGGGAGGUGUGACUACAGUCUGCAUAAAGUGAUUCAGCUCCUAAAUGGCAGAGAAUUGAGCAGUGAGGCUGCAGGUGCAUGAUCUAUACACCAACACUGCUUCAUUAAGAUAAACUGGUUUUGGUGACUAUAGUGUCCCUUUAAGUUUUAAGUCAGCGUAUGUAGGGUGGGUUUUUAUUACUUGCUAGGAAAACUCCUCCAUAAAGGGUCACAUUCACGAGCUUCUGGUGCUCUGGAUUUUACAUAACAAUAAAACUGCCUAAUCAAGACAUUACGCUAAUUAUCUCCGUUUUGCUUUAAAUUACCUGUAACCUUUAUAAGCUGCAAUAGAAAGCUCUGUGGAAAUGUCCGGAAACGAAGGGGAAGAUUUAUCGACGUCUUCUGAAAGGUCGUCUCUCGUUUAUUUUCUGAUCUCUUCGUAUUUAUUAAAUUGUUUUAAAAGUUCCUGCUUUUUCUGCUUAAAUUCUGACAUUGUUUUAAUAGAUAUAUCUAUUUCUGAGCAGCCCACUAAAUUUAGUGUCUGAUAAAAGAGAAGUGAGACAGAGCACUUUUGUAGCAGGAGCUGCAAGUCUGGUGCAUCGCUGAAAAAAAUAGAUUGAAAAAUUGUAUCAAGAAAACAAAAACAAAUGCAGAACUGUCUGCGACACUUUGAUAAAUCUCUUCUUCAAGGCAUUGUAGGAAGAGCUAUAAACACAAUGCUCAGGUCUGUUUGCGAUCAGAUUACCUACAUCCUCUAAUUAAAGCACGCCUAUCAUCUUUACACAAUUAGAGCUGCUGAGAUCGAAAGGUUCAGAUAUUUUACAAUCCUCUUUUUAGAUUUGUGUUUUGUAGUUAUGGAAACCAGGAAUAAUAGGGUGUGUAUACAAUAUAUAAAGCAAUUUGGAUCACUUAUGUACUUUCCCAAAAUCCACCCAAGCACAGCUCGCAGGAACGGGCAGUCAGGGCCUUUGUUUUCUAGGGCAUUCUGUCCACACAGUUUAUUAUCUGUAUAUAAAGUAUAAUAACCUUCACAGCCCGUUAUAGUGGUUAUGAUGUCAAAGUGUUUUGCAAUAGUUAUCUUAUUGCCUGGGUCACGCUGGGCACCGAGUCUCUGGCAAUGCCCGCUUAACGGUAUCUGAUUUCUCCAGAGACGCAGGGUUCUCGCACCAUGAUCACUUCAGAUCGCUGGAGAAACCCUUUAAAAGCGGUUUUAUACACACACCCCUCUUACAUCCUGAGUGACAGGAUAUACAUGCAGAUCAAUCAGAUAGCAUUCUGGACAAACCAGUCUUUUUAUGACUAUCGACACAUCCCUGUCUGCUAAUUAACGUAAGUAACCAGUUCCUGAUCUCUCUCCUGCUCACCGUUUAUAGUCUAGCAGCGAGGGAGUGAGGCUGGGACUCUGUUCUUGGCCGUUGCCCACAGUGUAUGCUUACUGGGUGUUUUUACAGUGUUUAACAUUUUGGGUUUGAAUGCAGUAUACAUAUGUUUUACAAGUGGUAAGCAAUGUAUUCAUACCUUAGGUGGGAAAAAAAACUCUGAAAUUACAAUUUUACUUUAAAAAGCACCAUGUUAGUUAUAGUCAGCAACAGCUGGUGUUCUCUCUUUUUGGCCGCCCCUAAAUCAAGCUUAUACAUUGGUAGCUCUAGUUGUUACAGGCAAAGCGUCAUGGGUAUUGUAGUUUCACAAAGGCUGGAGACUAAUUCUCCUGUUUAGGAAAAGGUAUGCUACACAGAAUCUUUGUGCGGCACUGCCUACGAUGGACAAUUGUCCUUACUAUUUCAGCUGUGCUUAAAGGAACACUAUAGGCACCCAGACCACUUUAGCUUAACCCCUUAAGCUUCUGGAAUAAAAAGGAAACCUGACAUGUCACACAUGUCAUGUGUCCUUAAGGGGUUAAUGAAGUGGUCUGGUUGCCAGGUCUAUCUAGGGUUAACCCUGCCUGCUGUAAACAUAGCAGUUUUCAGAGAAACUGCUAUGUUUACCUAUGGGUUAAUCCAGCCUCUAGUGGCUGUCUCAUUGACAGCCACUAGAGGCGCUUCCACGCUUCUCACUGUGAUUUUCAUAGUGAGAAGACGCUGCCGUCCAUAGGAAAGCAUUGUGAAUGCUUUCCUAUGGACUGGCUGCGCGCAUGUGCAUUCAGCCGAUGACUGGGAAAGGAGGAAGAGAGUCCCCAGCACCGAGGGAGCCCGGCGCUGGAGAAAGGUAAGUGUUUAACCCAUUCCUCUCCAUCCAGCCCGGUGGGAGUGGGACCCUGAGAGUGGAGGCACCCUCAGGGCACUAUAGUGCUAGGAAAAUGAGUAUGUUUUCCUGGCACUAUCGUGGUCCUUUAAUAAACACAGACAUGAUUUACGUAUUAUGUAGCUUAGGGUGAUCAAGGAGUGCCCAAUUUUACUACAACAAAAUAUAUAUAUUAUUUUAAUUUCAGUUCAGUUUGCCUUAAAGAAACACUCCGAUGGGUGCACAGUGAAUCGUGGGAACAAUGUCCGUGAACACGCGUGCACCGUGAAUCGUGGGAACAAUGUCCGUGAACACGCGUGCACCGUGAAUCGUGGGAACAAUGUCCGUGAACAAGCGUGCACAGUGAAUCGUGGGAACAAUAUGUCCUGCAUUUUUUUAAAGUGAAAAUGAAUGUAGCGAUGGUUGAUCUAGAAAUGCUGAAAAAGCAUAAGAUUCCUUAUACGUGCCCCCUAUGCUCACCUCACUCCAGUGAAAGCUUCACGAGAGAUCAAUGGGAGACUGUUAUUUUUUGGUAUUGUCCUGCUGUUGUGAGUUUGGUGAAUAAACUGUUCAGACAAAGCAUCCCGUCUGGCUGCAGACUGAUUUAGAAGGUAAUUGUAGCAGGGGCGUGGAAUCUGUGGCAACAUUUAGGGAUCAAUUCUCCAACACUUCUAUAAUUGCAGCUUGGCCUUUUUUAUCUAAUCUUCACACUUUGGUUUUCGAUUCACUGUAAUUCAGUGUUCAAUGAAUCAAGACUGAGCACAUGUUGUGUAUUUUUGUGUCCACAGAAGAUUAAAGAGGGAAGCAGUGGUUUGGGUGUCGUGUUAUGGUAGAUGUCUUUACAAAUCUAUCCGUUAAUCCCACAGGUACUGCUGAAAUCUGAUGCACCAACCGGAGACAUUUUAUUGGAUGAAACCCUGAAGCACAUGAAGGCCACAGACCCUGCCGAAACAGUGCAGAGCUGGAUCGAGUUACUGACUGGUAAGGGGAUAAAUCCAAGACACGGUCAACUAUCUACACGACAGCAUGUGCACAGCAAACAUUACUGGGUUAACAUCACCCUACUCACUAUCAACUUUGUAUAAAAAUGACUGUACUCAUAUAAGCUAACCAUUCCUCUCUGAUCUGUAGCUUGCAAGAAUAUCCGUUACAUAUCGGCACACAGUGAUCAGCUUACAGACGUUUCAUUAUAUAGUAUUGUAUUUUGUGUGAUUAUCCCCUGCAUGCAAUUGUUUUCAUUGGUAGAACUUGCUCAGAGUUUGAAUCUUCACGCGGUUCUUGCUGUGGGUGUCUCUCCAGUGUGUUCAGGCAGAAAGCUAAUAUAAUUCAGAAUUGAGUAGUGUCCAGUGCACCCCAAAUAGUAUUGUGACUAUAGUGCUGGUCUUGAUGAGCAAGCAUGGUGUAUGAUUAUAAUGUAUUUAACGAUUAUAGAUAGUGGUAAUAAAUAAUGCUGUGUAGCAGUUUGUCCCCAGUCAUAGUUCCAUUCUUCCCAUAGAAUGAGUGAAUUAGUACUAUAGUGGUAUAGCCCGCCAUACUGCAUCUGCUAUCUGUGUGCACUCUUAAAGGACCACUCUAGGCACCCAGACCACUUCAGCUUAAUGAAGUGGUCUGGGUGCCAGGUCCUUCUAGGGUUAACCCAUUUUUUAAUAAACAUAGCAGUUUCAGAGAAACUGCUAUGUUUAUUAAUGGGUUAAGCCUUCCCCCUAUUUCCUCUAGUGGCUGUCUCAUUGACAGCCACUAGAGGCGCUUGCGUGCUUCUCACUGUGCUUUUCACAGUGAGAGCACGCCAGCGUCCAUAGGAAAGCAUUAUGAAUGCUUUCCUAUGAGACCGGCUGAAUGCGCGCGCAGCUCUUGCCGCGCGUGCGCAUUCAGCCGGCGGGUCGUAACAGAGGAGGAGAGGAGGCAGAGAGCUCCCCGCCCAGCGCUGGAAAAAAGUAAGUUUUUUUUAACCCUUUCCCUCUUCCAGAGCCGGGCGGGAGGGGGACCCUGAAGGUGGGGGCACCCUCAGGGCACUAUAGUGCCAGGAAAACGAGUAUGUUUUCCUGGCACUAUAGUGGUCCUUUAACGCUAGACCUCGUGUGUGAGCAGCGAUCACUGGAUAUUCCUGUCACAACUUACCUCUCCCGGGAGGAGAGGAGAUCUUUAUAUGUGCAGUGUCUACGUUCACAAGUUGCAUGUAAUUGACACGGCAAAUGAGAGGAAAAUUCCUUGUUUCCUGUGCCAGUGCCAGAGUGGCUGCCUUAUAGCACAAUAUGUGGUAGUUUGAUAGUCUGUUAUUCAGAUACUUUUAAAGUGUAUAUUACUCAUAUCUUACAAAUGUCAACAUUUGCUGUAAAUUUUCUGUCUUUUUGUGUCUCUCCAGGUGAGACCUGGAACCCAUUCAAACUGCAGUACCAGCUUCGUAACGUCCGAGAACGUAUUGCCAAGAACUUGGUGGAAAAGGGAAUACUUACCACCGAGAAACAGAAUUUUCUGCUGUUUGACAUGACCACGCACCCAGUCACCAACACUACCGAGAAGCAACGCCUGGUGAAGAAACUUCAAGAAUCCCUUCUGGACAAGUGGGUCAAUGACCCUCAUCGCAUGGACAAACGGACAUUGGCUUUGUUGGUGCUGGCUCAUUCUUCUGAUGUUUUGGAGAAUGCUUUCUCAACCCUGCCAGAUGAUAAGUAUGAUAUGGCCAUGAACAGAUCCAGAGAUCUAUUGGACCUGGACCCAGAUGUCGAAGGAAACAAGGCCAAUGCCUCAGAAAUGAUAUGGGCUGUGCUUUCAGCCUUCAAUAAAUCAUAAUCAAAGGGGAUAAGAAAUAACAACUCAACUUUAUAAGGAUUAACUCCAAUCCAUCUCCAGCUUGUAUGGUGGGGUAGGAGGAGGAUUGAGCUCAAUGACCAUGCUUUAGCAUGGAGUCUUGGAACUAAUAAACUCAAGCUUUUUGUUACCCCACCUUCUGAUCUACCCCAACAUCAGCUCCAACACUUUUCAAGAAUAACCAGUUUGUUCGCAAAGCACGUUUUCAUGACCAGAAUCCCGAGUAGGUGCUGAGUUAGGAGAUGAGUACAGCUCACACAACUCCACCACUGGGAGAAACCGGGAAUGGCCUUUGGUCAUUCUGAAUCAUUCUCUUCUGCACCUUGUUAUGUUUUUUCGAAAUGUAAAGUAAUACUUAAUAAAGCCAGAAAUGGAGGUCAUAACACACUUGUAUUCUCCUAGAACAUUAUAGAGACUUUCCCUUUUUUUGUUUUUUUUUGUCAGCUAUUCAGGUAAACGGAUGUGUAGGUAAAACCUUUUACCCACAAUGAACCUGGAUCUCAGGACUGCUCAUAUAAAUCUACUUUGCACAAAGAGGUCCCUGCACAUCCUUAACAUCCUCACCUACUUUAGUUCUACAGAUCGGUGUUUCGUAGUGUCUCUCGUUGCCACAUUCAAUGAACUAUUGAAUUCUCCACCAGUUGUUGAGCAGACCAAACCCUCCUGUUUAACCACCAAACUCGGUGUAGGCUCAGACAGAUGUAUAAACCUAUAAGGGGCUACAGCGACCAGUAAUGCAGAUUAGGGCAUAUAGACCGCAUCACAUAGGUUUAGUUUUACAUAUAUAUAUAUAUAUAUUUUAUUUUUAGUUCACCUUUUAGCCCACCAAUCUUUCUCCAAGUAUGCAUAUAUCUGUCUUCUCUUUUUUUUUCCCCAUUACAUAUCUUGAUAACAAAAGCAAAUUGGGACCCAUUUUCCUUUUAAGACCCAUGUGUCACUUUUUGUGGUGGUCCACACUGUUUGGGAUAUGGGGACGUCCCCCUAAUAGGUUUCCUUUUUUUUCAUAUGGAUUACUAUACAUUAACUGUUAAUUAAACCAAAACUACCACACUGCUUGGCCAAAUCGAUCGUCUCUCAGGAUCAUGGGAGUUUAAGUUCAACAACUAAAGAAAGAUUAUGGCCAUGUCUACUCCAUAUAAAUUACAAUUCUUCUUAACAUCCAGUGUGUGUGCCUGAUUCUUUUUUUUUGCUAUGUUAAUUUUGUUUUUUUUAAUUAAAUGUUUUGUUUGUGUUUCCCUCCCCCAGAAGCCAUUGCAUCACUCGUGAUUUAUGUAUUGUUUUCUAUCUUUUAUGAUCAUUUUCUCUUACUCUGAUCUUGAAUAUCAAAGUGUGAUUGUGAUAUACAUGUUUUUUUUGUUGUUUUUUUUCCUUCUUGUCAUUAUUGUAGUGGGUUUACAAAUCCAUACGUAGGGUUAUCAGAUAUAUUUUAUUAACUUUCUUUGGUAAAGAUAUGGUAGGGCCAAAGUUAAGCAAUGGCAAAGAAUAUGUAUAAUCAGUUACGUCUUUGAUGCAUAUUUCCAAUAAAUUCUGUAUAGUAUUUUAAA